AUGUCCUCUCCCCCUGAACCCAAGACCUCAAACCCGGUCCCUCCGCCGCCAGCCUUCCACUACGAAUACACCGUCAUCCCAGAUCUAUUCCAUCAAUCCUCCCCCUCAACCUCGGACUUGACAUUCGACUUUAAAAAAGAGAACUUCGGCCUCGUGGACCGCGCAUACCCUUCUGACCCCACAGCCCCCGACCAACGCCCCUGGACACGCUUCACGCACCACCUGCAAACCUUGAACUCCGCGCUCCCCCCAGACCAGAAAGUAAAACUGCUCUUCCUCGCCCGCCACGGCCAAGGCACCCACAACGUCGCGGAAAGCACCCACGGCACGCCCGCCUGGGAAGCCGUCUACGCCCGCAACCCGGCGUACACCGACGCACCUCUCACGCCGCUCGGCGUCUCGCAAGCCCGCGCCGUGCACGACCUCUGGGCCGCGCAACUCGCCCGCGGCAUGCCCGCGCCACACAUCUACUACGUGUCCCCGCUGACCCGCGCACUGCAAACCGCAGACGCCACCUUCCUCGCCCUGCCGCUCCCGCACGCAGCUCCCUACACUCCCUGCGUCCGUGAACGCUUCCGCGAGACCCUCGGGAUCCACACGUGCGACGCGCGCCGCCCGCUCUCCGCGCUGCGCGCCGCGUUCCCGCACGCCGUAUUCGAGCCGGACUUUGCGGAGGAAGACACGCUGUGGGAUGCGCAGCGGCGCGAGACGGAUGCCGAGCGUGCGGUGAGGGUGGGGCGGGGGCUGGAUGCGGUGUUUGAGGGCGGCGAGGGCGUGGUGAGUGUCACGAGUCAUUCGGGGGUGGUGGGGAGCGCGUUGGGGGUUUUGGGGCAUCGGGGGUGGGCGCUGGAGACCGGGGGGGUGGUGCCGGUUGUGGUUUUGGGGCGGAGGGUGGAGGGGGAGAGGGCUGAGGGGCUUGCGGAGGAGCGCGGGGAGGCGGCGCUGGAGAGGACGGGUGAUGUGUAG